AUGUCGAAUUUCCAAAUGGCGUGUUUAGUCGCAGGGACAGUGGCUGCCCGCGAGGCUGAAAGUACUUGUCGUGCUCGUGAUGUACGCGAAGAUCGCUUGGCCGACCUUGUUGCUCGUGUACGCGCGAUACUUUACGCCGAACACCAUCCUUACUCCUAUCGUCACGCUGCUGGCCCAAGCGAACUCAACUGCGGCAAUAGAUCGAGCAACAAGAGCGAAGGAGGAGCGUGCAUUGUUGGCCCUGGUACACCCGUAGCCGAACAAACAUAUCUAAGCCUAAUUGACGGCCAUGAGGUUUUGGAGCGUAGAAAAGCUACGCGCACUCAGCUAGGUAUGAAAGGCUUUGCUGCAUGGUUUGGACAUGGCUCCAAGUCUGAAGAAAAGGCCAAUUCUUCAAACUUUGUUUGA